AUGUUGCAUCCUAUUGCUAAGUAUGUGGCAUGUAAUAAAUUGUCAAAUGAUUUUUUAGCAUUCACCACUAAUCUCUCAGCUGUGAAGGUUCCAGCACCGAUACAUGAGGCAUUAGGGGAUGAAAAUUGGAGGAAGACUGUGAUAGAGGAGAUGGAGGCUCUUAGACUUAGGAGAUGGAGGCUCUUAGACUUGGGAGCUGGUGAGUUUACCUGGAGGGAAAACAACUGUGAGCUGCAAGUUUGUGUUAUGGAGUUGUUCAAGAAAAUGGCUGUGAUUGGGGUCAAGCCUGAUAUUGUUUCUUAUGGUAGUAUUGUCAAUGGUCUUUGCAAAGAUGGGUUGGUAGAUAAGACGAAAGAAUUGUUUUUGGAAAUGAAGAGUGGAGGAAUUAAGCCAAAUAUGGUUGUUUUUACCACUCUAAUUUACGGUUGUUGUUUUGUGAGAAAUUUGGAGGGGACUAAAGGCUUAUUUUUUGAGAUGCUGGAUCAAGGUUUGCAUCCUAAUUUACUGACGUAUAAUACAAUGAUGGGCUUUACAAGGAGAGGAAGAUGGAGGAAGCUAAUGGGUUGUUGGAAUUGA